AUCACAGAGCUUCAGGUUCACAAAGAGACUGGAAGAGAGUCAGAGUCAAGAGAUCAAGAGAAAAAGCCCCAAAUCAAGGGAGUCCCCAAAACUUCGAACCACGGAAGACACAGAGAUUGUGAAGAGAAAAAGUGGUAACAUUCCUCCUCCAACAUGGCGAGUGGUCUUUCCAUGCGAGCCCCAGUCUGCUUAAUUGAGAACAGUAAUGGGCAAUUCAUGGUGAAGCAGGAAGCACUGCAGGUCCUUACUACAGUUACCCAGCCUGUGGUGGUGGUGGCAAUUGUGGGACUCUAUCGCACUGGAAAAUCCUACCUGAUGAACAAGCUGGCAGGGCAGAAAACUGGUUUCUCCCUUGGCUCUACAGUGCAGUCUCACACCAAGGGCAUCUGGAUGUGGUGUGUUCCUCAUCCCAAGAAGCCAAAUCACACCCUCAUUCUUCUGGACACUGAGGGGCUGGGCGAUGUCGAGAAGGGUGACAACAAGAACGACACCUGGAUCUUUGCCCUGGCCGUGCUACUGAGCAGCACUUUUGUCUACAACAGCAUGCGCACCAUCAACCAGCAGGCCAUGGACCAGCUUCACUAUGUGACAGAGCUGACAGAUAAAAUCAAGGCAAAAUCCUCCCCCAGCACUGAACAGAUAAAUGACUCCAUGGAAUUUGCGAGCCUCUUUCCAGACUUUGUGUGGACUGUGCGUGAUUUCUUCUUGGACUUGGAAAUCGAUGGGCAGCCCAUCACCUCUGAUCAGUACCUUGACAAUGCCCUGAAACUAAAGAAAGGUACCAGUGAAGAAGCCAGACUGUGUAUCCAGAAGUUCUUUCUAAACAGGAAAUGCUUUGUAUUUGCCCCACCUGCUCCUACAAAGAAGCUCAAACAUCUCGAGAAACUUCAUGAUGAUGAACUUGAUGUGGACUUUGUGGAAAGUACUAAAAACUUCUGCAAUUACAUCUUCAGUGACGCUAAGGCCAAGGCUCUCCCAGGAGGUGGCGUGGUCAAUGGCCCCCGUCUAGGACACCUGGUCCUGACCUACACUGAGGCCAUCACCAAUGGAGAUAUUCCCUGUAUGGAGAAUACAGUCCUGGCACUGGCUGAGCUAGAGAACUCAGCUGCAGUUCAAAGGGCCAUUACAUUGUAUGAAGAAAUGAUGAGAAAGGAGGUCCACCUCCCCACAGAAACCAUUCAAGAACUGUUGGACAUAAAUGUCAUCUGUAAGAAGGAAGCCAUUCAAGUCUUCAUCAAGGACUCCUUCAAGGAUGUGAACCAGAAAUUCCAAAAAUCACUGGAGACUGAGCUAGAAGCCAAGCUAGAAGACUUCUGUAAACAAAAUGAAAGAAAGUCCCUAGAGCGGUGCAGAGCUUUGCUUCAGGAUAUAUUCAGUCCUCUGGAGGAAUCAGUGAAGCAGAAUACCUUCCAUAAACCAGGGGGCUAUGGCAUCUUCCUUCAGAAGAAACAAGAGCUCAUAGAGAAGUACAACCAGCAGCCCAAGAAGGGGAUCCAGGCAGGCAAAGCACUGGAAGAAUACCUGAAGUCAAAGGAAACUGUAGCUGCUGCAAUUAACCAGGCAGACCAAACCCUUACGGCAAAAGAAAAAGAGAUCAAAGAGCAACAGAGGAAAGCAGAAGCUGCAGCAGCUGCUGCAAGAGAGAUGGAAAUACUGCAAAAGAGGCAGGAGCAGAUGAAGCUGGAAAAUGAAAUGAGACAACAAGAACAUCUAAGGCAAAUGGCUGCCCAGAGGGAAGCCGAGAGGAGGAGGGUGUUGAAAGAGCAAGAGAGAGAGCAGGCUAGGAGACUACAGGAACAAGCACGAUUACUCCAGGAACAGCAAAUGAGGGAAAUUGCUGAACAACAACGUCAGAUCCAGAAUUUGCAGGCCCAAGUUCAUAACUAUGAAUCAGGAACUGACUGUAUUAUAUUGUGAAGAGAAGAGCUUCCUCAUCUUACUCACCCAAAACUGCAGGGUUAUCUAAAUGAGAAAUGUUUAACCUUGGGACAGUGCACAAGAGACUCAGCUUGCUGAAAUAAUAAUAGAAUUGUACAAUUGUAUAACCAAAGGAAUCUCAGAAAGCAUUUGUCAAAUCCUGACACAAAGGAUAUGUAUUUUUUACAAUAUCCCUGACCAGUAAGUGGUCAUUCAGCCCCAGCUCAAAGGCCUCCCCCCCCCCCCAGAAUGGGGAAUUCACUCCCUUUAUAGGUAAGGUAUCCUGUUCCACUUUUGGUCAUCCCUCUCUGUUCAGAGGUCUUUCCUUAGCAGGAGCCAGGAGCCAUCCCUGCAAAUACCAUCUACCUGUCCUCCCUGUGAAUGAGUUCCCCUUGUCUAAUCUUCUCUUUCACAUGACAACCUUUCAACUAUUUGAAGACAACUAUAGUGAAAUAGAAACCAGAAAAGAAGACAAGAAAAAGGAGGAGGAAAGGGACAUUUGGUGGGUUGAAGCAGAGCCAACAAGAUGUUUGCUGCUUCCUGCUUUCCCAUGUGGGGAAGAUUAGUUCUCCUUAGUUCUAGAGCCUCUUUUCAUUAUGUAUAUAAGGAUAGGGGUUUACUUCUCAGAACUGUGCAAGCACUCUCCUUUGACACUCUUGGGAACGUCAAGAAAUCAGUUUUGUCUGCUAUAGAUUGUUGUACCUGCAUUUGCAGUUGGGCUGUCACCCCAGGACUUGAGCUUAAAUGUCUGAACAGGGGAGGCAGAGGCUGAGCAGCUGACUAGGUGGGGAGGGGAAAGAAAUGUGCCCAGUCAAUGGAUAAAGCCAGAGAAUUUGAGAGCUGUACCCAGGGGCACCAGGCCGGGCAAGGGUGAAAUAGUUGUCUUCUUGCUGGGGCCUCUGAAAGCAGAGGAGGUUGGGAUCUAGAGGUAGAGCUGAAGGAGAAAGUUGAAUUAAGCUUCAUCAUUGUGGGGACAGCAACUGAACUUCCUGUCUCAUCCAUCCUUAAGAAAGCUUACCCUGUGGGGGCUAGCAGUUGUCAUUGGGAACAAACCUACAAUUCUUGGAGAUUUGGAGAUGUGAAGGAGAAGGAUAUUGUAGGAGGGAGUCUUCCAAGGCCUUGUCCUCUCUUCCUCCUUGCCCUCCUUUUCCCCCCAUCCUCUUCUUUGUCCCUUUCUUCCUCCCCUUUUCCCCUUCUCUUUUUGUCCCUUCACUUCACUUUCUCUCUCCUCCUCCCAAAAUUUGUCCUUGAGGGCAGGGCAAAGGCUACUCCAUAUUUUCCAAAGUAUCUGUCAUUAGAAGUUGUAGGUUGAGCAAGAGGAGUUCAAAGAAACCUGGAAGGACUUGCAUGAACUGAUGAUGAGUGAGAUGAACAGAACCAGAAGAACAUUGUACACAGUAUC